UUCAGAGCUUUAUCUUCCACCUAUAAUAGGAAAAUUGGAACUUCGUUCUUACUUAAUUCUACUUAUAUGCAUGAAGGCUCUGUAUUUUUCUCAAGGGGUCUUGCCAAAAUUCAAAUACUUGAACAAAUUGAAGCUCAGUCAUUUUCGUUGCAAUGCAUUUCCUCGCAAUCUUUAUUCUAAAGUGUUGUCAAGCUUGUUUGAAAGUUCCCUCAACCUUGAAGUGCUUAUCAUUGAUGAAGUCAUCAAGGACAGUGAAGACGGGGAACUUGAUUCUGUUUUUCAAGAGGCUCUCUCAUUAGCUCUUGUCGGACAACUUAAGGAAAUAGAAAUCAGAAGUUUUGAGGGGGAGGAACAUGAAUUCAAGCUGAUAGAGUAUUUUUUGAAGAAUGGAAUAUCUUUAAAGAAGAUGACUCUCAUUAGAGACAGUUGGAAGACUGAAUCAGAUGGUUGUCACAGGAUAUUGUCAUCCAAGAAGUGUGCGGAGGAUUGCCAGAUUCUGUUCAUAACGAAACGGGAUGCACUGAAACUCUUCCUGUAAUGAUGCUGUCGUUUAUAUUCUUCCUGUUCUUUUCUUUUUUCCCCCUUAUGACCAGUGUUUUUUUAUUUUUGUUGGUC